GCAUCACUCCACCCCACCACCCAUCGCAUCCACUACUUGGUCCGCUUCUUCUCUUUGCUGUACACUAUCUCUCUCUCUCUCUCCAUUCGACACCCACACGCUUGCAUACCUACCUAACAAAAAUCAUCCAUCAUGUCUGUCGUUGGUAUCGAUUUCGGAAACUUACAAACAAUUAUCGCUGUUGCCAGAAACCGUGGUAUCGACGUUAUCUGCAAUGAGGUCUCCAACCGCUUCACACCUACGCUCGUCUCGUUCGGACCCAAGCAGCGUUACCUCGGUGAGACCGCCAAGACCCAGGAAAUCUCCAACUUCAAGAACACCAUCUCCUCCCUGAAGCGCCUUGUCGGUCGCACCUUUGCCGACAAGGAGAUUCAGGAGAUCGAGAAGCACUACUUGACCGCCCCUUUGGUCGAUGCCAAUGGCCAGCUCGCCGUCAAGGUCAAUUAUCAGGGACAGGAGACAAUCUUCACCACUGUUCAAAUCUUUGCCAUGUACCUCACCAAAGUGAAGGAGAUUGCCACCGUCGAAACCAAGCUUCCCGUCUCCGACUGCGUUAUCGCCAUCCCCUCCUGGUUCACAGAUAUUCAGCGUCGUGCUGUCUUGGAUGCCUCAGAAAUCGCUGGACUGAACGUCCUCCGUCUGAUCAACGACUCCACCGCCACCGCUCUCGGCUACGGUAUCACCAAGACUGACCUGCCCGAGGACAAGCCCCGUAACGUUUGCUUUGUCGAUGUCGGCCACUCCACCUACACUGUCUCAAUUGUUUCGUUCAUUAAGGGACAGCUCACUGUCAAGUCGCGCGCCUUUGACAGGCACUUUGGAGGUCGUGACUUUGACCGCAUGUUGGUCGACCACUUUGCUGCAGAGUUCAAGACCAAGUACGGUAUUGAUGUCAAGUCCAAUGGUAAGGCCAUGAUCCGCCUGAUGGCUGGAUGUGAAAAGCUGAAGAAGAUGCUCUCCGCCAAUGCUGAGGCUCCCCUCAACAUCGAGUCUAUCAUGGAGGAUCGCGAUGUGUCCUCGAUGAUGAAGCGUACCGAGUUUGAAGAGCUGGCAAAGGACUUGAUUUCCCGCUCGGAGGCUCCUCUCCAGAAGGCUUUGGAGGACGCCGGCUUGUCGAAGGAAGAGAUUGAUGCUGUUGAAAUGGUCGGAGGCUCAAUCCGUAUUCCCGCCCUCAAGGAACGCAUUCAAGCUUUCUUUGGCAAGGACCUCUCCUCUACUUUGAACCAAGACGAGGCCACUGCUCGUGGAGCUGCCCUUCAGUGCGCCAUCUUGUCCCCCUCAUUCAAGGUCCGUGACUUUACCGUUCAGGAUAUCACUAACUACCCCAUCAAGAUGACCUGGCAGCCUACCCCUGAGGAGGAUGAGACCGAGCUCGUCGUCUUCAACAAGAAUAACUCGAUCCCCUCGACCAAGGUUCUGACCUUCUACCGCUCCGAACCUUUCGAUCUCGAGGCCCAUUACGCUGAGCCUCAGGAUAUUCCCGCUGGCAUUAACCCCUGGAUCGGCCGUUUCUCUAUCAAGAAGGUUGAGCCUGUCAACGGCGAGCCCGCCUGCGUCAAGGUCAAGGCCAGAAUUAACAUCCACGGUGUUUUGACUGUCGAAAGCGCUUACGUUGUUGAGGAGGUCAUCAAGGAGGAGUUGAUUGAGGAAAACGCCAAUGCCGAUACUGAGAACCCUGAUGCUCCUUUGACCCGCAAGGUCAAGAAGCUGGUCAAGAAGGGCGAUCUUCCCGUUGUUAGUGCCACCUCUGCUCUUGACCGCGCUAUCAUCAACGAACUGAGAGAAAAGGAGAUGGAGAUGAUUGCCGCGGACAAGCUGGUCGUCGACACUGAGAUGGCGAAGAACACGCUGGAGGAGUACAUCUACGACACCCGUUCGAAGGUCAAUGGUGGCGUCUACGCGAGCUAUAUCAACCCCAGUGACAAGGACAAGUUCUUAGAGGACCUGAACAACGCCGAGAACUGGUUGUAUGAUGAGGGCGACGAGACGACCAAGUCGGUUUAUACUGCCAAGUUGGCUGAGCUCCAGGUUGUCGGUAACCCUGUUAUCCACCGCUACCGUGAGGCCGAGGCCCGCCCCGCCGCUGCCCGAGAGCUCCAUGAGACCAUCAACAACUUGAUGGCCCAGGCCACCAGCACCGAGGAGAGGUACGCACACAUCCCUGUGGAGGAGAAGAACAAGAUCGUGGAGAAGUGCUCGAAGGCACAAACAUGGAUCGAGAACAAGAUGGAGCGCCAGUCGAUGCUGAAGAAGUACGAGGAACCUGCCUUGACCUCGGCCGAUAUCCGCAAGCAGCGCGAUGACCUCGUUUACUUUGCCACACCCAUCCUCAACAAGCCCAAGCCCAAGCCUGUUGUUGUUGAGACCCCUCCCGAGGCUGCGUCCUCGCCAAACCCCGAGCGCAAGACCACUCCUGAGACUAAGGAGGACGAUACUAAGGACAUGGACAUUGACUAAAUCGUUCAUGGACAGCCUGUGCCUCUUUCCCCCUUACCACCAUAGUACAUAGUGCUCUUGUAUACACCUUUGCUCACUCACCAACCUCAUUCAUAAAGAUAUCAUCAUUGUUUUUUUUUCA